AUGGUUACUCCAACCCUUCCAUCAUCUGUGGAACACAGUUCAAAUCAUGAGUGGGAUUAUGACAUCUUCCUGAGUUUCAGAGGUGAAGACACUCGCAAGAGUUUCGUCGAUCACCUCUACUCCGCUUUGGUGAGAGUCGGAAUUGAUGCCUUCCGAGAUGACGACACGCUUCGAAGAGGGGAGAACAUCUCUACCGAACAACUCAAUGCGAUCCGUGGAUCAAGGAUUUCCAUUGUUGUCUUUUCCCAAGGGUAUGCUUCUUCUAAGAGGUGUCUUGAAGAGCUUGCAGAAAUUGUGCGUUGCAAGAAUACGAAACGUCACACUUUCUUUCCUGUAUUUUAUGAUGUGAGCCCGACAGAUGUUCGAAACCAGACUGGAACUUUUGCCGAAUCAUUUGCGCGGCAUGAAGAGCGGUUUCAGAAGGACAUGAUGAGGGUAAAAAGGUGGAGAGCAGCUCUAACUGAAGCUGCAAACUGUUCCGGCUGGGAUCUCGAGACUGUUAACGGGUAUGAAGCAAAGUGCGUCGAUGAGAUCAUCAAAGAAAUUUUGCAUCGAUUAAAACCUAAUCGCUUGAAUGUGGGCAAACACCCGAUAGGAUUAGAUUCUCGUGUUGGGGAGAUGAAAGCCUUACUACAUCUGGAAAAAAAUGAUAUUCGCAUUGUUAGCAUCCAUGGGAUGAGUGGAAUAGGUAAAACUGUCAUAGCAAAAGCUGUUUAUAAUCAAGUAAGUGAUGGAUUUGAAGGAAGUAGUUUUCUCCGAGACAUUAAAGAAACGUCAAGACAGUCUGAUGGUUUAGUCAAGUUACAAAAAAACCUUCUUAUUGAUAUCUUGAAAAACAGAGAUUUGCCAUUUGAAAAUGUUGAUAGAGGAAUCUGUUUGAUUAAGGAUUGCCUUGCUGAGAAAAAAGUUCUUGUUAUUCUUGAUGACGUGGAUCACGUGGAUCAACUAAACGCAUUAGCUGGAAACACUGACUGGUUUGGUCCUGGAAGUAGAAUCAUUGCAACGACUAAAGAUGAAGAUUUGCUAAAGCAAUUAGGAAACUAUGAAAAAUAUAAAGUGGAAGAAUUGACUUGCACAGACUCUCUUGAACUUUUUAGUUGGCAUGCCUUCAAGAUGCCCCAUCCAAUGGAAGAUUACCAUGAGCUUUCCAUUAGUGUAGUGAAGUAUACUAGAGGGAAUCCAUUAGCUCUUAAAGUUUUGGGUUCUUUUCUCAUGGAAAAAAGCAUUAUCGAAUGGAAAAGCACAGUGGAAGAAUUACAAAAAAUGCCUGACCGUGAUAUUCAAAAAGUACUUCAAGUAAGCUUUGAUUCAUUAGAUAAGGCAACAAUGAACAUAUUCCUUGAUAUUGCAUGCUUCUUUAUAGGGAUGGAUGCCAAAUAUGUUGCCAAAAUUCUCCAUGGGUGUGGUUUUUUUCCUGAUAUUGGUAUUAGUAUUCUUGCUCGGAGGUCUGUUGUAAUAAUAGAUCUCCAUGGUAAGCUGAGGAUGCACGAUUUGAUUCGAGAUAUAGGAAGGGAGAUUGUUUGCAAAAGUUCACGUAAAGAUCCAGGAAGACGUAGUAGGUUGUGGUUUUAUGAGGAUGCGUUAAAUGUACUACACAGUGAGCAUAUGGGAUCUGAAGUAGUGCAGGGUCUCAUGCUAAAUCCACCCUCACUUGCGGACAUACAUCUGAAAACCGAUGCAUUUGCAAAGAUGAACAAUUUGAGGUUGCUCCAGAUCAAUAAUGUGCAUCUCACAGGACGCUUUGAGCUUCUUUCCAAAGAGCUAAGAUGGCUAUGUUGGCAUAACUGCCCAUUGAAAAUUCUACCACAAAACUUUCGUCUGGGGAACCUUGUUGUGCUUGACUUGCAGCAUAGUAAUUUUAAAGAAGUCUGGAAGGAGAACAGGGUAACGAAUUUUACUGUACCUUAUAUUCCUCUUUUGAUGUUAGUAAUCGGAAGCACUAAAUCUUUUUGUUCACACACACCAAAAGUCUUGGCUAUUCCAAAACUCUCAGUUGUUAUAUACAUAAUCCAGGUAUUCAACAAGUUGAAAGUCCUUAAUCUCAGCUAUUCCAAAAAUCUCUGCAAAUCACCAUGCUUCUCACAAGUCCCACAUCUAGAGAUACUAGUUCUGGAAGGUUGCAUAAACUUGAUUGAGCUUCAUGACUCUGUACAAUAUCUUGAAGGGCUUGUUUUGUUGAAUUUGAAAGGAUGCAAGAACCUUAGGAAUCUCCCAAAAAGCAUUUCAAAAUUAGAAUCUCUUAAAACUCUUAACUUGUCUGGCUGCUUACAGCUUGAAAAGUUACCAGAGAAUUUGGGGAAUAUGAUUGCUUCGAAAGAGCUUUUUGUUGGAGGAACUGCCAUUAAGCAACUCGCAUCAUCCUUGAUUUUUUUGAUGAAUUGGAAAGGCUUAUCCUUAUCUGAGUGCAAAGAAAAAUUCUCAGGAUCUUGGCUAUCACGUUUCUUUUCAUGGUUAUCACCAAGAAGUUUGAAUCCCAGAACUUUGUCACAAGCUUCUGUUUCUGGAUAUGGCACUUUGGGAAAACUAGCUCUUAGGGACUGUAAUUUGUCGGAAGAUAAGAUUCCCCUUGACCUUGGGGGAUUCUCUUGCCUCCAAGGCUUGGAUUUAUCAGAAAACAAUUUUCGUAUCCUACCAGAAAGCAUCAAUGGCCUUUCUAAAUUAAAAUCUCUAUUCUUACAACAAAAUAAGUCUCUUUACUUGAUUUCGGGACUUCCUGCAAGUAUACAGAUAUUAUCUGCUUGGGGCUGCUCAUCAUUGGAAAUACUCUCAUUUUCCUCAAGUUCUGAGUUAGCUGUACUUUACCUUGGUGGGUGCUGCAACCUGGUUGAUAUUCAAGGCUUAAACUUGGAAUCUAACAUACAAGUUGAUUUGGUUGGGUGCAACAAUCUGUCAUCUGAUUUUAGCAAGAGUGUUCUUCAGUGUACACGGACCAACUAUGCUCCUUGUAGCAGUUUGAUUAUCUUCCCUACUAGUGAGAUUCCAAAUUGGUUCAGCAAUAAGGAAAUGGGAUCUUCCAUAUCGUUUCAUGUACCUUCGCUUUCAGAGGGUGAUUUUCGUAUAUUAUAUAUUUGUGUUGUUUACACAUGCACAGAAACGUCCCAUAUGUGGUGGUUAGAAGAUAACUAUAUCGAGUGGCCUCGAAUCAAGAUGGAAGUUCACAAUAAAACCAAAGGCUACCAACAGGUUAUUCUUCCAGCUGCACCAAGUUCCCUGCAUGUGAGCUAUUUAGAUAAUUUGUUUCUAUUCCAAUGGUCUAUUUUAAGAAACAAGUUUGUGAUGCUUGGUAAUUCUAUCAAGAUAAUGGAGCUAGUAAGUGGAGACGAAAUCAAGUUUUCCUUUGAUUUAGGGGCAUUUGCUGAGGUGAAGAAGUGUGGAGUUCAUGUCUUGGUUGAUGCCCCAAACAUAACGGACAAAAAUGCAAGUGAUAUCCAAUAUAUCUGUUCUGAUGCUGUUACUGAUAGGGUAUUUGAGGAUGAUGCUUUUGUAGUUGAUGAGGUCUCUGAAUCAGGUUUUUCUAUUGAUAGUAAGGUCUGUGAAAAUGAUCAUAUUAGUACAAAGGAUGAGAUCUUUGACGGAGAUGUCGCUACAAAUGGUGUGGUCUUUGAAGGCCAUGUUGCCACGCAUGAUGAGGUCUUUGAAGAUGAUGCUAAUAUAGAUGGUGUGGUGUUUGAAGGCCAUGUUGCUAUAGAUGGUAAAGUCCCUUAA